AUGGCGCGACAGAACCGGCGUAUGGACUCCGCUCGUCUGUUGCACCCAACAGCAACAUCACAUGGCAGACCUCUACGGGGGAUCGACGGCACUUACUUGCCUGAACAGGGGAACCCAAAAGUUGAGAACAACCGCAGGAAGUCAUUCAGGAGUGGCACUGGAAGCUUCAGCGACCCAGCAGACCACUACGCCCAAGUGGACUGGACGCCCUGGGAUUGCUGCAGAUGUGCAGCAGAAACACGCGACGCUAUGUUAGAAAAGGUCGCAGAUGCAUUUGGACGAUAUGCACUUUUCGUUUACCGGCAUCCUAUCAAGGAUGCGGAUGACUAUCGCAUGCUAUUUCAAGGCAACGUUACCCGCAGCGAGGUGAUCCUGAUAGCAGCGAAUGACGAAAUGAGCAACUUGCUUGAUGCAUCCUUUUUAAAUGCAGUUUGGGAUAUGCACAUGAAAAUACUGGACAUCAGGGUGACAGCAGAAGAGGAAGGCGACGCACUCGCCGACGCAGCAGUUGCAAUAGCAGAAACCGGCGAUACAUUGGAGCUCCCCAGCCGCCGGCUGCAGUACACUGAAUCUUUUGAUAACAGGCAUAGGGUAACAUACCCACAACGCAGCGAGAGCAAAGCAACUGAUGCAAAACAACUUCAGAUGCUGACGCCCAGGAAGCUCGCAUGGGGUGAUCCAGCAUCAAUUGUGCAACAACACUUUGUGGAGCAACAGCUCAGGCAGCAGCUUCAGCAGCAGAAUCAGCAGCCACAGUGGAUACAUACAGGAGGGGGGGGCCGAAGGCGUCGCGAAGCGCAGGAUGCAGCUGCUGCUCAGCACCAGCAGCAGCAGGAAGUGUUUCCGUCCUUGCAGGCGCAGGAGUCCGAGGGUGUUUGCGAUCCUGAACGGGAGUUGCCGAGAGUGCGGAUAACAGGCUUAGCCUGCCGACCUCCUUUAGCAGCGGGGGAGUACGGAUUUCAAAAUUUGUGUUUCAAAGACUCCACUGGAGCCUGUGAAGCGCCCGACGGCAUAAUCUUCGUCUACGGACACAAAAGGUGGGCCGUAGACAUCAGAAGGAAACCACACCUUAACUUUGCCUUUUCAGAGUACCAAAUAACGGACGACGCGAAGCUGCGGCCAUUUGCCCUGCGAUGGGAACGGAAGCUGCAGCAGCUGCUUCAGACUGAGAGGCUCCCAGGGGCCAAGAUGGGGCUAAAGACAGAAAGGAGCCUCUCGGACGAAUUGGCUGCGAGUUCUUCCGCGGGCCCGGGGGGAGAAGUGGUGUUGAUAGCUGCGGCAGGUUCACUAAUUGGAGUGUAUGUGUGGGUAGUGAAUUUUUCCCGUUCGCAUUUGCGUUCGAAGGCCAUUGUGGCCUUGACAGGAGCAGGCGCUGCCCUGCUGGGCUACCUUGGUGGGGCUGGUGUGUGCUUUAUGGCCGGCGUUAUUAGCACAGGAACGGCUGCUGCGGCUCCGCUGCUGGUUGUAGGAAUUGGAGUGGAUGACACGCUUGUGCUUCUGCAGUCAUACAGUCUGACAGUCCACAAGCGCUCUGCAGCGGACCGCCUGCAGCUGACACUGCGAGACAGCGGCGUGGGUAUCACAAUAACGACCUUAACGAACCUUAUGACAUUUGGCAUCGGAGCCUUCAGUCCCUACCUCGCAAUCAAGAGCUUCUGUCUAUUGUGCCUCUCCGGCCUGUUCUUGGGCUACAUCAUGUGCCUCACCUUCUUUCUCGGCUUCCUCGCCCUCGACGCCAAGGCAGAAGCAGCUGGGCAGGUCAUGGCUAUCUUUCGGUGUUGCCCAAUGAAGAUCAUGAGGGAUUCCUCACCUACAAAGACGCAGACACACCAGAAUCUCCAGCAGCAGCAGCAGCAAAAAAGACAGAUGCGCACACUCAAAGGCCUGCCCAUGCUCCAGUAUGUUGAUAAGACUCGCCUCCCUGGGGCCGACGCCUCGGCACUCUCCGCCUGCGCCAGCGAUAUAUUUCAGUGUAUCACUAUGCAGGUGGAGGCUGCUUUGCAGCAACAGCAGCAGCAGCGGCUGAUCGAAGCGGAGACGCGUCGCAUCCGAAAGCGACAGGCCCCCAAGAAAAAGGAGCAACAGGAAAAGGGCCCGGCGAGGCGUAAAAAAGACGCAAAGACAUCAGUCACUAGUACAUCCUCGGGAACAGAGGGAAAAAAGCAGGACAACGUAUCCAGUGACUCGGAAGACCGUAAGAAGAAGACAAGACAACGCAAACAGCCGGAGAGAAAAACGAACGCCAGAAAGAAGAAACGGGUGGAAGCCAGAAACAGUAACAAGCAAGACAACACCCCGAGCACCAAACAAAGCAUAAAAAGUGGGAGCAUCAGAAGCACCCGCAGCAGCGCCAAAAAGCGGCAACAACAACAACGACAACGGCGAGCGAAGGCUCUCAGGCCAGCGCUUAAAGGGCGCCGUCAGCAGCAGCAGCAGCAGCAACAGGAGCCUCAGGAAGGCGAAGCUGGUGGCCCUGAGGUAGGUUCCACUGCUGACGUAGAGGCAAACAGCAAACUAGCAGCUGGGGUAGCAGCAGCAGGUGCAAUUGCCUCAGAUGCGAGCCUGAACAGAGGUCAAUUAAGAACAGGAGGUGUUCCGGUGAGGGUGACAAGGCCUCGAAGGACGACAGUACAUUUUUACAGGAAGACCUCAACUGCGCCAUUGGCAUCGAGUCUUCUGCAGCUCCAGCAGAAACGGCAACAGUUCCAGCAAGAAAGCGAGUGGCGAGACCAGGUGGUGGUGAACCUGUGCGUGGGUUCUGGCUCGGCAGUUGUAGCGGCAGCAGCAGAAGCAGCCGAGGCGGCCUUUAAUACAACUGGCCGCAGCUGGUCAGGGGAGCGGAUUGCUCGGCUGCAGCUGCUACAGCGGCUUGGGGGCGACGGCUUAGCUGAGCCUCAGG